GCACCACAUGCGUGUCAACAGAUGAUUGGCUGAGUUUUUUUUUUUUUGUUACUCUUCGUUGCCUUGUCGCGUCUCUCUCUCUCUCUCUCUCUUUCUGUAUUUGGCGAUUGGUUCGACGGCGAAGGCUGUGAUUGUGAACAAGGGUGAUGAUGCUUCUGCUGUUGUUAAGUUGCAGAGCCCUAUCAAAUUCAACGGCGGAGAGAGGAUGAAGAGAUCUCUUGGCAGCGAUAUUGACACUCACUUUGGCUCCCUAGAAGGUUUGGUGAAAGAUGAGUGCUGAAGUUACUGCUGUGCAAGGCUCAGGAUGGGUGAUUACAAAAGAGCAGGUGAGGGAUAUGAGCUUUGUUGACUAGGUUAGGCGAGCAGAAGUUUCUCUUUCAAGACAGCUGCGAAGUGCAUUCUUGCAGCUAGGUUUGAUGCGGGAGACUAUGGGGCGUAGCUAAUGAAAUGGGCUUCACUACACAGCUUAUGUAGGAAGAAGGUUGGAGACGGAGGUUUGAAAACUACAUUAGAGGAGAAAGCCUUCUGACAGAAGAAGACGUAGGAUUUGGUUACAAUGAGAAAGUACUUGCUGUCGCCAAUCUCUCUCCCUACACUAAAAUAUCAGAUAUCAAACGUUUAUUCAAAUAUAUGAGAGUUGUUAGUGUUCGACUUAUUGUGAGCAACCAGGGCAAGCAUUUGGGCUAUGCCUUUGUUGAGUUUGCUUCUGCUAACCUUGCAAAGAAGGCUUUGAAAGAGAAGAACGGUAAAUAUUUGCACGAUCAUAUGAUUUUUUUGAUGAGAGAACAUGAUGAAAGUCCUGAUUAUGUUGAGGCACUUGCCGUACAGAAAAAGACGAUCUUUGUCUCCCAUAUCUCUCCCCAAACUCAAAUAUCACAUAUCAUCAGUUUCUUCAAAUAUGUUGGAGAAGUUGUUCAUGUUCGACUUAUUUCAAACAACGAGGGCAGACAUCUGAGUUAUGGCUUUGUUGAGUUUUCUUCUGAUAAAGAAGCAAAGAAGGCGCUGGAAAAGAAGAACGGUGAAUAUUUGCAUGAUCGCAAGAUUUUUCUUGAAAUGUUUCAUGCUCCAAACCAUCCACCCAAGUAUAAGUAUUGCAUAGAUUACCAUGUUUGGUACGAAGACUACCUUACACAAGAAAGCCUUCUGUUGGAAGAAGAAAAGAGGCAGGGAAAGGACUUGAUGAAACUCCCGAUUUUGUUGAGCCAUUUGUUGUCACAAAGAAGACGCUCUUUGUUUCCGGUCUCGCUUGCAAUACUCAGUUAUCAGAUAUUGUCACUUUCUUCGAAGAUGUUGGAGAAGUUGACAAGUUGUUCGAGUUCGACUUAUUGGAGACCACAUGGGUAAUCAUGUGGGCUAUGGGUUUAUUGAGUUUGCUUCUGCUGAGGAAGCAGAGGAGGCUGUUGAAAAGAAGAAUGGUGUACCUUUGGGCUACCAUAAGAUUUAUCUUCAAUUGGCAGAGAUAGCAGCUCCAUACCCUCUCCUACCCAAGUACGACCUUGUAGAGAAGCUUUGGUAUGAAUACAAACUUCGAGGAGGAAGCCUUGAUGUGGCGACCAAACCUAAACUGAAGAAACCGGAGGUAGCUGAGUUCUGCCGUAAGAAGAUUAUCUUCUCUUACGACAGCUGAUGGCAGAAAGAAGCGCGUGUUUUCUAACUUGUGUGAUAUUAAAUUAUGUAAAUUUAUACUUAUGUAAAUUAACAUCUCAAGUACAUGUGAGAAAACUGUAAUUGAAUUUUUUUUAUCUCUUAAUAAAAAAGGACAAUUAAAAACCCCA